CCCAGUAUCAUCCAUGGCUGCGCUGGGCUGCGCGAGGCUGAGGUGGGCGCUGCUGACCACGCGAGCGGCCGGCCGUGGCCUCUGCCCACACGGGGCCAGAGCCAAAGCUGCGAUCCCUGCCACCCUCCCGGCGGACGAGGCAGCCGAGGGACCAGGAGCCAGUCCUGGCGAUCGGCGGCGGCUGCGAAGCUUGGACGAGCUCCCAAAGCAAGGGCAGCUGCGCUUUUUUUUCCAGCUGUUCGUGCAAGGCUAUGUACUGCGCUUGCAUGAGCUCCAGGUGAUGAACAAGGCCAAGUAUGGUCCGCUGUGGUUAUCCAGCCUUGGGUCUCAGACCUUGGUGAACCUGGCCAGCGCGCCACUCAUAGAGCAAGUGAUGCGGCAGGAGGGCAAGUACCCCGUAAGGGACCACAUGGAGCUGUGGAAGGAGCACCGGGACCAUCAGGGCCUGACGUAUGGGCCCUUCACCACGCAAGGAGAGCAUUGGUACCAGCUGCGCCAGGCUCUGAACCAGCGGAUGCUGAAGCCAGCAGAGGCUGCACUCUACACAGAUUCUUUAAAUGAGGUGAUAAAUGACUUUAUGGCUCGACUGGACCAGGUGAGAGCUGACAGUGCCUCAGGGGAUCAGGUGCCCGACAUGGCUCACCUCUUCUACCACUUUGCCUUGGAAGCUAUUUGCUACAUCCUGUUUGAGAAACGGGUGGGCUGCCUGGAGCCCUCUAUCCCCAAGGACACUGCGACCUUCAUCAGCUCUGUGGGGCUCAUGUUCCAGAAUUCAGUCUAUUCAACCUUCCUCCCCAAGUGGACCCGUCCCCUGCUGCCCUUCUGGAGGCGAUACCUGGCUGGCUGGGACACCAUCUUCUCCUUUGGGAAGAAGUUGAUUGAUCAGAAAGUCAAGGAAGUGGAGGCCCAGCUACAGGCUGGGGGGCCAGAUGGGGUCCAGGUAUCUGGCUACCUGUACUUCCUGCUGACCGGUGGACUGCUCAGUCCUCAGAAUGCUCUAGGCAGCCUGCCUGAGCUGCUCCUCGCUGGAGUGGACACGACAUCCAACACGCUGACGUGGACUCUGUACCACCUUUCAAAGAACCCAGAGAUCCAAGCGGCCUUGCACAAGGAAGUGGUGGGUGUGGUGCCCAGUGGGCAGGUGCCCCAGCACAAGGACUUUGCUCGCAUGCCCCUGCUCAAAGCUGUGAUUAAGGAGACUCUGCGCCUCUACCCUGUGGUCCCCACAAACUCCCGGAUCGUGGAUCAGGAAAUUGAAGUUGAUGGCUUCCUCUUCCCCAAGAAUACCCAGUUUGUAUUCUGCCACUAUGUGGUGUCCCGGGACCCCAGCUCCUUCUCUGAGCCUGAGAGCUUCCAGCCUUACCGCUGGCUGAGGAAGAGGGAGCCUGCCAUUCGUGGAAACCAACACCCAUUUGGCUCUGUGCCAUUUGGCUAUGGGGUCCGGGCCUGCCUGGGCCGCAGGAUUGCCGAGCUGGAGAUGCAGCUGCUGCUGGCGAGGCUGAUGCAGCACUAUGAGGUGGUCCUGGCCCCUGAGACUGGGGAGGUGAAGCCUGUGUCCCGCAUUGUCCUGGUUCCCAGUCAGAAGGUGGGCCUGCGUUUCCUGCAGAGACAGUGCUGAGCUGGGCACUCACCUUUCUGGGGCUGGUCCCAGAGGCCUUGUUUCUGGCAUAGUAGCCCUCGCACACUGCCAGGUCUUAGAUGAGGAGGAAAGGAAGGGGACUGUCCGACUCAACAGGCUGGAAGAACUCAGCACCUUCCCACAGAACCUGGAGCUUUUGACACAUCUAUAUCAUUGUGAGCAACCCUCUCUCAGAUGAAAGGCCAUCUCUUACUGCAUUGCUAUUCUUGGUACAAUAUAAACUAAACGGACUUCUAA